AUGGUGUACGCGCCUCAUCCCUUCUUCAACGCAAGGAACUUGCUGGAGCAGCAGACCCUGACAACCUUCAUCAAGAACCUGAACGGUUUAGCGGGCCCCCUGAAGGGGCGUCAGAAGCCCCCGCACCUGGUGCAAUUCACGACACAGACGACCGUGGGCCAGGCGCUCAGGGAACUGGCGGCGUACAACAUCCUCGGCGCACCCGUCAUCGAUGCGGCGACGGGGGAGUACGCCGGCAUCAUUGAUGUCGGGAACAUCCUGGGGGCGCUGGUCGAGGACCUGGCCGGGGACAGGGACAUGAGCCAGCUCCCCGACGACGAGUUUGUGGCAGCCCAGCCCCGGUUGUCAGGCCCAGAGCUGCAGCGAGUGGGCGAUGCCUUCACCGCCAAGACCCUCGGCCGGCUCCUGCACAGCGGCGAGCUGUGGUUCAAGGGCGAUGCUGAGUCGACGCUGCUGGAGGUGGUCAACGCCGGCUUCAAGGUGCGGCUGGCGGCGGGCCCUGGCGGGUCGCUGGCCGGCGCGCCGGCGCUGACGCCGGUGCACCACCGAGUGGCGGUCUUCGACAUCCUGCCCGGGGAGGAGACCCCCGACGGCCCCGUCCCCGCCUGGCGCAUCACCGACAUCGUGUCCCAGACCGACGUGGUGCGCUUCCUGGCCGCCAACCUGGCGCGCCUGGACUCCGCCUUUGACGCCAGCGUGUCGCUGCUGGGCCUGGUGCAGGGCCCCGGCGCGGUGCGCACGCUGCCCGCCGACGCGCCGACGCUGGCGGCCUUCGCCUACAUGCACCGCCAUGCGCUGUCCGGCCUGGGGGUCACCGAUCCAGGCACGGGCGUGCUGGUGGGCAACCUGUCCAUGUCCGACCUGCGUGGCAUCACGGCCGCGCGCUUCGACACCCUGGCCCUGCCCGUGGGCGCCUUCCUGCUGCGCCGCGCAGGGCGGGGCGUGGACUGGGGCCGUGACGCGGGCGCGCCGCCCACGGGCGAGCCCGCGGAGUGGAGCCCCGAGCUGCAGCGCCGCGCGCUGGUGGCCGUGCCGCGCGACACCCCCCUGCGCGAGGUCCUGCACCUGCUCGUCCGCCACUCCAAGCACCGCGCCUACGUGCGGGACGAGGCGGGGCGGGCGGUGGGCGUGGUCACGCCCACCGACCUCCUGCGCUGCAUUGCGGGCUGA